UGAUAGUAAGUGGCGGUUUCAGAGCACAUGCAUGUUGUCAGGCUAGCCUGCCCGGCCGCUCGCUGAGCUGCUACUCGGAGCUACCUGCUGGGGAGUGCGCCUCCGCGUCGCCUGGGGUGCCUUCCGCCGGUCGCGGAGCCGGGAAAGUUGUAUUCUCUAACACCGAAGAGAAGAGGAGAUUUCACUUUCUGGGGACAAUUUUGAGACCCUGAAGUACAAGGACGUGUGUGAUAUUCCUAGAAAGAUAAAACAUGACAAAGAGCAAUGGAGAAGAGCCCAGGAUGGGAGGCAGGAUGGAAAGGUUCCAGCAAGGAGUCCGCAAGCGCACGCUCCUGGCCAAGAAGAAAGUACAGAACCUCACCAAGGAGGACGUUAAGAGUUACCUGGUUCGGAAUGCUUUCGUGCUGCUCACGGUCUCCGCCGUCAUUGUGGGUACAAUCCUUGGAUUUGCCCUCCGACCAUAUAAAAUGAGCUACCGGGAAGUUAAGUACUUCUCGUUUCCUGGGGAGCUUCUCAUGAGGAUGCUACAGAUGCUGGUUCUACCCCUUAUCAUCUCCAGUCUUGUCACAGGAAUGGCGGCCCUAGAUAGUAAGGCGUCAGGGAAGAUGGGGAUGCGAGCCGUAGUCUAUUACAUGACCACCACCAUCAUUGCUGUGGUGAUUGGCAUACUCAUUGUCAUCAUCAUCCAUCCGGGGAAGGGCACAAAGGAAAACAUGUACAGAGAAGGUAAAAUUGUGCAAGUGACCGCCGCAGAUGCCUUCCUGGAUUUAAUCAGGAACAUGUUCCCUCCCAAUCUGGUGGAAGCCUGCUUUAAACAGUUUAAAACAAGCUAUGAGAAGAGAAGCUUUAAAGUACCCAUCCAGUCGAAUGAAACACUGCUGGGUGCCGUGAUCAGCAAUGUGUCCGAGGCCAUGGAGACGCUCACCCGGAUCCGGGAGGAGAUGGUGCCGGUUCCCGGAUCUGUGAAUGGGGUCAAUGCCCUGGGUCUGGUUGUCUUCUCCAUGUGUUUCGGCUUUGUGAUUGGAAACAUGAAGGAGCAGGGGCAAGCGCUGAGGGAGUUCUUCGACUCUCUGAACGAAGCCAUCAUGAGAUUGGUAGCGGUGAUAAUGUGGUACGCACCUCUGGGCAUCCUCUUCUUGAUCGCAGGGAAGAUUGUUGAGAUGGAAGACAUGGGUGUGAUUGGGGGGCAGCUUGCCAUGUACACGGUGACAGUCAUUGUCGGCCUCCUCAUCCACGCUGUCAUCGUCCUGCCGCUCCUCUACUUCCUGGUAACCCGGAAGAACCCCUGGGUUUUCAUUGGAGGGUUGCUUCAAGCGCUCAUCACAGCUCUAGGGACCUCCUCAAGUUCUGCCACCCUACCCAUCACUUUCAAGUGCCUGGAAGAGAACAAUGGUGUGGACAAGCGCAUCACCAGAUUCGUGCUCCCCGUGGGGGCCACUAUUAACAUGGAUGGGACUGCCCUCUAUGAGGCUCUGGCUGCCAUUUUCAUCGCUCAAGUUAACAACUUUGACCUGAACUUUGGACAGAUUAUUACAAUAAGUAUCACAGCCACGGCUGCAAGCAUUGGAGCAGCUGGCAUUCCUCAGGCGGGCCUGGUCACUAUGGUCAUCGUGCUGACGUCUGUGGGCCUGCCCACGGAUGACAUCACACUCAUCAUCGCCGUGGACUGGUUUCUGGACCGCCUCCGAACCACCACCAACGUGCUGGGUGACUCGCUGGGAGCAGGGAUUGUUGAGCACUUGUCCCGACAUGAACUAAAGAACCGAGAUGUUGAAAUGGGGAACUCCGUGAUUGAGGAGAAUGAAAUGAAGAAGCCAUAUCAGCUGAUUGCCCAAGACAACGAACCCGAGAAACCCGACAGUGAAAGCAAGAUGUAGACUGCCCCACACGUGCUUUCUUGAGCAUUGCGUGUUGGAGAACCAUUUUGCAAUGUGUCCAUCUCAUUGAGCUCACUCCCGCCGUGAGCCGCUUCUCUUUCCUCCCUACUCUGACAGGAUUGGAAAAUGUCGAAAACCAAGGGAGGGCUUUGUACCAGCCAAAAUUUUCAACCCACAUGUGAAAAUUUUAAAGCAUUUCAUACUGUUCUUACCAAGUAAUUUACUGCAAUCAAACAUGGUUUUGAUAUGCAAAUGUAGGUGAUAAACGAUCCUAUGCAAUUGUUUUAUAAGUAAAAGCAAUGAUAGGUUAAAAAAAAAACAUUUUAAAAUCAACUUUCAAAAUUUUAAAUCCAUCAGAAUAAACCAAGUUUUAGCCUUAAAACAUAACAAAUGUUCUUAUCAUCGGUGGCCUGUCGGGUAGCAGGGAGGUUCCCCCUUCCUCUGACUCUCCAGGGCAAUGCCCCCACACACAGACAGCUGAGAGGAGGAGCAGAAAGUGCAGCUCCCACAUGGUCUUGGGUGAGUCUCAUCUCGUUCGUCCCUUGGCCUCAGCACUCAGAAAAUGAGUGGCCCCUCUAGACACCCUGGGCCUCUCUAGCCCAGACUUCUGUGACAUCAGGAAAGACCCUGACCCUUUACAACAUGAGGAUCUCGGGAAGAGCGCUUCGUGGGAGUGGACAUUGUCUCUAGGGCUGUGUGUGGCUCACUAGAUUCUGGGUCCAAUGUUGGUUAUGUAAGUAGAUCGGUGUGGAAGGCCAUUCCAGAACUGGGGUUAUUUGUGGGGUCCCUUUGCCUGUUUUGGGGGUUUUUUGUUUGUUUUUGUUUUGUUUUCCAACACUAGAAGCACUCCCUCCCCUCUUGGGUACUCUUCUCAAACCCAAGGAUGGCUCUAAGAAAGCCUCCCACCACUCCCCAACUGACAAUUAGAUGCCUAGGAAAUAAACAGAAGACUAGCAACUAGCAAGCAUGCUCGUGGUCUUACAUUGGAACACUAAAGAGCCGACGAAGAAUAUGGUGUGGCCAAUUUCAAAGGGAGGGUUUUUUUUUUAAAGAUAGGAAUAGCUGCUCUUCUUCCAAGAAAAAUAAGAGGGAGAGCUAUAUCUCAGCUUUUUUUUUCACCUGUCUUCAAUUCCUAAUCAGUCCCCCAAAGAAAUGAGUUAUAAUGCCAUUUCUUUCAUAUUUUCAGAGUCAAACAAAUAAAGUCUCUGGGACAGAUCCAUGUGCUGGGUGGAAAUUGUUUGUUUGAUUUGUUUUGCUAUCUUAACCAGAAUUUCUUAUGAUGAAAGAAAUGAGAUACUUCUUUACAUAGAAACGCCACUUGGCAAAUCAUUCAAAACUCUCAUGCAGAGUGGGGUUGGCUUUAGUUUUGUGUCUGUACAAAAAAUGGUAGAUGAGUCAGCAUGAAAAUAACAUGAAUGAGAAUGGAAGAAAAGACAGCAGGGGCAUUACUUUCAGGCAAGGCAGCUCCCAGGUUUAAAAGAGAUUAUUUUUCACCCCUUGGGAUAUUCAGACAAAGAUACUCAGUGGGAGCCAGCAGACGGUACCAGCUGCAUUAGACAUUCUGACUGAAAAUGAUGAAUGGACAUAAUUGAGUAUCUAGAAAUGGAUCUCCCAAUCUACAAUUAGAGAUAUUUUCUAGAGAUCUUGAGCAUUACGUGUGUAUAAAGGUUAACACUAGGCUACAAUGAAGUAAUCAUUUAAUGGGAAGCUCUAUUUGGGAAAUACACUACAAAAGUUAAUGUAUGUGGCAGUCAUUUUUGCGACGUUAGUAGAACAAAACGUAAUCAUGUCAAAUUAAUGCUGUUACCCAGUGUGAUGUUUUUUAUACUAACCCUUUCUUACAAGAACAGGUCCCCUAGGGGGGUCCUUUCAAAGGCCAGCCCAUCUCCGGCCAUGCAUACGUGUGUACCCACUGUGGACUGCAGAACAUCACUGUGUAGAUGUAUUUUCAAUAAAGAAGAAAUAGUUUUACAUUAA